AUGACUCAUGGUACCGCGGAUGGAAGAUCCAUGAUCCAGAAUCACGGCGCGAGGAGUAAAUACACGAUCUUCGUAUCCACCAAUGUGUCAAGCCAAAGCUGGACUAGUAUCGGCACAUCGACUGAUAUUCCAUGCGUCGGAACAACCAUCUGCUCUCAGAAGCCAAAGACGGUAGAUUUGGACCGGUCAUUACCUCCGACCCCAAUUUCCGAAAGUCCUCAGAUUUCACCCGUCAUAGCAGACUUUAGUGGGUCUGUGACGACAAGGAAAGGUUCCGAAGCGUUUGUUGAAAGGCCAGCUGCUGGGAAGUCUAUUUGCGGGACAAUGGGCCGAGUUCCAUCUCAUACUCGUCUUAACGCUUGGCAGCGUGAGCUUGCACAUUUGAGUUACGCGUCGAUGGAUAUGGAGUUCGUCAUCCCGUCGGGCCUGUCGGAAGCUGAGACCAUAAAGCCUCUGAAUGUCUACAAGGAAAUGGAAAGAAGCCGCCGCAAUUUCUUUUAG